AAAGGGGGUGAGCUUUCCCGGGCAGUUGCUCUGUCCCACAAUGCUUUUCCCUCUCCUUUGCUGGGCUGAAAUGUGCCUGCUGAUGCUUUGCAGAGGCUGCCAGCUGGAGGAGCCGACGAUGGGUUUGAAGGAAGCCGUGAAAUCUGACCGCGUUAUUGCAGCAGCCCUUGGUGGAGAGGCAACUUUCUAUUGCAACUUCUCGCUCUCAAUGGAUGUUUUGCAAGUCACCUGGCAGAAGAGAAACGGGUCUUUCUUCCAGAACAUAGCCACCUACAGCCCAAAGCACGGGCUGAAGCUGAUAGAGUCAUUUCAGAAGAAGGUGCGUUUCACUAGAGCAACCCUGAGGGCCCCAGCUAUCACACUCCAAAAUCUCACCUUUGAGGAUGAGUCCUACUACAGAUGCAUUUUCAAUGUGUUCCCUCACGGCUCUUUCAGCAAAGAUAUAUGUCUCAACAUCCAAACAAUUUCUGAGCUAACCCUGGAAUAUGAUUCCCACCUGCCCACCGAGGGUCUCUUCACUGCAGUCUGCUCAGCAACAGGAAAGCCUGCCCCCAAAAUCACCUGGCUGAAUGAGAGAAACCUGGAUGAGUCCCCUGAAAUACACCGUGUCCAAAAUGCAAACGGGACAGUAACAGUGGCAAACAGACUUACCUUCUCUGCCAGCCACCUCCAUGCCUUGGCCUGCCUCCUUGACCACCCACAGGGAAGGAAAAUGAAGGCAGUUUACCUGGAAGAAGCAAGGGAAGGUGCUCAGAAGAGCAUGAUCGUCAUGGCGGUCGUAAUAGCAGUGCUAUUCUUAACAAUCUUGAUACCUUGCAUCAUGAGACUAAAGAACAGAAAAAGGGAAAAACUGAAGAGAUGUAGUGCACCUAGAACACCUACUGCGGUGAAAGAGGAGAAAGGUUUGCACCAAGACCUAAGCGAGGAAGCCAAAAGCCUGCACAUGCCGAAGGACCAGGACGUUCUUUAUCAAAAUGAGGAGCAGACACCAGGCUCCUCACUUCACCAAAGGGAGGCAGGUCUGAAGAGAAACAUGGAAGAGAAAAACCAUCACAGGCGCUUGUUUUCAGAGGAAGCAGAGAACCUGAACAGCUAUGUCCAUGGUGUGUUUGAGAAGGGACCUCUUGGAUUAUACAUCAAGGAGGUCAGCUUCACACCCAUCAAGGAGGACAGAAAGGCAAUGGCAGAAAGAAACACAUUGCCUGUUGUAGAAGCCAAACAAAAUACAAAGCUGAGACCAAAGCUGUCGUAA